CUCGGAGUCGUAGCGCUGGUUGAUGUCGUCCCCGAUGAUGGCAAGCUGCCGACCCACCUGCCCCAUGGUGCUGGAGGAAUGGGAGCCAGGGCUCAACCUGGACUGCACUCCAGCUUCCGAGGCCACCUGUACUGGGUGGGAAGAUGCCUUCCUCCUUUAUCUGAGUGAGCUGAGGAAGCUGUCUCCGCAGUCCCCCCCUUCACGCCCCUCCUCCACCACACCGCAUACCUGCUCUCCUGUCCCCAGCCCGUUUUCCUCUUUGCUCGGUCCUGGCCACAGCCCCGAUCUGCUCUGUGAACCCUCGACAGAGGGAGUAUUUCCUGGACGUGACUGUUUCACUUUCAGUUUACACCCCUUCAUACCCACCCCUCCCAAAGCUGCCUCCAUCAGCCUUUUGGGGAAGUAUACCUCCUCCCACCCGUGCAGAAGGUGCAAUUCGACUGGGGACCGGGGACCGGGGACCAAGCACAGCCACUGCCUUCUCUCAGGGAGGACCGGAGUACCCUCCCCACCUUCCUCCUGCCUCUGGCCUGGGGCCAUUUUCAAAAGUGCCCCAGGGCAAGAAGUCUCAAGAAGGGGAGGGGGAGAGCACUCCACCCCUCCACUUACUGGGGGCAGGGAGAAGAAAGAAGGGAGAAGGCAGACCCUCCCCUCCUUCAGCCCUGCCUGCCAGCAAGAAACAGACCUUUGCUUGGCACAACCCCAUCCCUGCUGCUCCUUCCGGAAAAAGAUGCCCUUCCCUCUUCCGUGGUCCCCCGCCCCGCACCCCCCAGCAAACCCAGCACCCCCGGGACAGCAGGACCGGAGGAUGCUGACUGCACCUCCAACUUCAUCGACCGCUACCCAAGGGGGUCACAGCUGGGGAGUAGGUGGGGGCGUCAGAGCGGUCCCCAGGGCCAGAGGCCUCUGCCGCCCUGGGCCUACCCCUGCCCUCAUCCAAGUGGCCUGACUUCCUGGGUCUGGGGCUGCCAAAAGCUGGGAGGAUGGACAAGACCCUCCCACCUUACCUGCCCGGAACUUAGCCCGGGCCCGGAUGGCUCACAA